CCUGUCUCCAGAAGAUCAGUGCAAAGCUUAGACAACCUUUGGGAACUCUCCUUCAGGAAAGAACCUAACAAGCCAGUGCGCUCAUUUAAACCUGUCACUUCUGGGAGCUUUGUGAACAAUGGUACUGGAUCUGAAGAUAUCAAGGUCUUGGUGCAUUUUAUUCCUUGGUGGUUGGCUGGCAUUGUCACACGGAGCUGAUAAUCCAGGGGCUAUCAUCAAGAUUGAUAUUGGAACGAUUGAUCAUGCGGUCUCCACUGCAUUGACUGAGAAUGAUGUUCUUCGGAAAAUGGCAGAGGAAGCAACAAAAAAAAAGCCAAACAGCAAACUCAUCAAAGGUAUCUCAGGGGUAAAAGUGAAAGAUAUCCAUCCCCCUGUGAUAACAUUGACACUCUCACCAGGAACGGGGCUUUUCAUGGCUGUGCUAGUCCAAAUGACCAUUGCUGGGAAAAGCUUUUUAGGAGGAAACUUGGAAAUCAAAGUGGCAGCAAACUUGACUGCAAACAACAGGCUUUCACAGACUGCUUUGGGCAUCCCCAAGUUCAGCUCCGAAAACUGCCACGUUUCUCUUAUUAGUGUUAAAACCAACCUCCCUAGCAGCGUGCUGCCUAAAGUCCUGAACAAGUUUCUGGAUAGCACUCUUCAGAAAGUGCUGCCAGGUCUGCUAUGUCCAGCUGUGGAUGCGGUGCUCGGCCUUGUGAAUGCAAAAUUGACCACCAUGACCUCUGAGAUCUCUCUCGGAACUGCUGGGACCCUCAGAUAUGCUUUGCUGAAUCCACCAACAACAAGUGAAACUUUCAUACAGUUGGAUUUAAAGACCAUUCUCCACCAAAAAGAGGGAGAUGAGCUUGACCUUCCCACAGACCAGCCGCCUCUUACUUCUCUGCCACCAAAGAAAGAAGCUGCUACCCAGCUCAUCCUGUCUGCAAAUUUCUUGAGUACGGAGCUCCGUAUUAUGCAGGCGUCCUUCAGCCUGGACAUCAGGGAUAACAUGGUUCUUGGGCUUCUCCCACUGGUGACAUCGAUGCUCGGAGCCCUCAUCCCCGAGAUUUCCAGGGCGCUGCCUCCAUCACAGCCACUGGUGAUUGAACUGAGAGAAGCAAAACCACCCCUGGUGACAAUAACCCCGGAAGCAAGCUUCGCGCACUUCUUCAGCACAGCCGAGUUUCUAGUUUCCCCCUUGGACUCUGCUCCUGAAUCCCUCUUCAUCCUGGACGUUCACAGUGACCUGAAAGCACGGUUUGCUGUUAGAGGAGAAAAGCUGUGCAUCUCCCUCGCUCUGGACAGUUUAUCUAAAAUGGCCUUGGCUUCUUCAUCCAUUGGCACGUUUGAUGAGCUGCCGCUGAAAGGGAUUUUGGCAAAUGUUAUUCAUGUGGCUUAUGUGCCAUCCAUCAACGAGGCACUGCAAGGAGGGAUCCCGCUGCCCAAUCUGCUGGGCAUUAAAUACCGGCAGGCUGAAAUUAGCAAGUCUGAGAACGCUCUGGUGCUGAAUGUGCCUGCCGCAGAAACCUGACGUGAGAGGUACGGCUGCUCCCUGCUGCUGCGGCGAAGAGUGAGCAAAAA